AGUGGCUAGCUCGUUAGAGGCAAAAGCCCAAGAGAUUGUAAACCACAGAGCCAGCUAGAUCCCAGAAACCAGCUACAUCCCGACGCAUGUUACUGCCGGAGCCGGAACUGACAGAGCCAGAUCUCGACGCGGCCGGGCCUAUAGUGAGCCUGCAACGGCGCAAACCAGCCGUUGCUGUUGCAGAGCCGUGCGGGGGCCAUGACGCCAGGCUUCAAGCUCUUCUUCACAACAGUAUCCGUCGAUUCAAAGAAGAAAUGGCGAGUGAGGAAAGAAGCGGAGGUGGAUGGAGAAAUGCAGUCUCAAGCCCCGAUCUGGGUUUGUCUCAAACCCAGAUCGGGGCUUGAGACAAACCCAGAUCUGGGUUUGUUUUGAUGAAGAAGCAGCAACAGCAGCAGCUAAAACUAAUGAGUGGAAGAAAGCAUGGAGGCUCAC